UGUAGAGUGUUUAUCAGUCUGCUGCUGAGAGACGAGCAUGGGAGGAGGUCAAGUGUGAAACAAAACCCCUCUGACAGAAGAGCAAAGAGGAUUUUUUUUUCUGCCUUUUUUCUUUUUAACUGAUCUCAGCACAGAAACCAGAAGCCCUAUGCGGCCUGAGUGAGGAUCCCUCCCAUUUGGGAACUGGUGGGCAUGUGACAUCACCAACCCCCACCCCCUCCCUCCUCACUUUCAUGCGUAUGGCCAAUCAGCUCUCACAGAGAGACGGUCACGUGAGAAUCCCCCCCAGUCUUGGUUACCAUGGCAGCGAGCACUGGUCCAGGCAGCAUCUUGCUGUGGUGAGAAGAGAGGGGGGAGAAGGCGGGAGGAGAGGAAGAGAGAGAAAGAGAGACGGGGGAAAGAGAGGGAGGAAAAUAGAAAGAGAAUAAAUCUGAGGCAGAGGAAUACCUUUUGGACCUCCGGCUUGUCUUCCCUCACAACAAAUGAAGAUGUCUGAAGCCGGGAGUUAAGAGCCUCCGCAGGAGAGAGAGCGUCUUCCAGGGCUGGGGCUGGACCCAGAGACCCCUUACCUGGGGUGACCCCUUCACUGGGGUGAGCCUGGACCAUGGGGGAUGGAGCCGCCGGUGCCACUGGAGGAAAUGGGGUGAACAAGUCCCACGUCCUCUUUGACAACUUCGUCCAGGCGUCCACGUUCAAGGGCACGCUCAAGGCCUUCCAGGAGCUGUGUGAGCACCUGGAGGUGAAGCCCACCGAGUCCAGAAUCUUCUAUCACAAGCUCAAAUCUAAACUCAACUACUGGAAGGCCAAGGCUCUGUGGGCGAAGUUAGACAAGAGGGCGGGCCAGAAGGAGUACAAGAAGGGCCGUGCCUGUGCCAACUCAAAGUGUCUGAUCAUUGGUGCGGGACCAUGUGGCUUACGCACAGCCAUCGAGCUGGCCUUCCUGGGGGCCAAAGUGGUGCUGCUGGAGAAGAGAGACGCCUUCUCCCGGAACAAUGUGCUGCACCUUUGGCCCUUCACCAUCCAGGACCUCAGGGGCCUCGGGGCCAAGAAGUUCUACGGGAAGUUCUGUGCUGGUGCUAUCGAUCAUAUCAGUAUUCGUCAGCUUCAGCUCAUGCUGCUAAAAGUGUCUCUCCUGCUGGGCAUUGAGAUCCACGUCAACGCCGAGUUCAAGGGUCUCAUCGAGCCCCCGGAAGAUCAAGAAGGUGAAGGGAUAGGUUGGAGAGCUGAGGUCCACCCCAGGACACACCCUGUCAAUGAGCUGGAGUUUGAUGUCAUCAUCGGAGCAGACGGAAGGAGAAACACGCUACCAGGGUUUCGACGUAAGGAGUUCAGGGGCAAACUCGCCAUCGCCAUCACUGCUAACUUCAUCAACAGGAACACGACGGCUGAGGCCAAGGUCGAGGAGAUCAGCGGGGUGGCCUUCAUCUUCAACCAGAAGUUCUUUCAGGACCUCAGAGAAGCAACAGGUAUUGACCUGGAAAACAUCGUCUACUACAAGGACGACACGCACUACUUUGUGAUGACUGCCAAAAAACAGAGCCUGCUGGAGAAAGGAGUCAUUCUGCAUGACUAUGCAGACACAGAGAUGCUGCUGUCCAGGGCGAACGUGGACCAGGCCGCGCUGCUCUCUUACGCCCGCGAGGCUGCAGACUUCUCCACCAACCAACAGCUGCCCAAGCUGGACUUCGCCAUCAACCAUUACGGCCAGCCCGACGUAGCCAUGUUCGACUUUACCUGCAUGUACGCCUCAGAGAACGCUGCCAUGGUGCGCCAGCGCAACGGCCACAAGCUGCUGGUGGCGCUUGUAGGUGACAGCCUGCUAGAGCCCUUCUGGCCCAUGGGCACUGGCAUCGCGCGAGGAUUCCUGGCAGCCAUGGACUCUGGCUGGAUGGUGAAGAGCUGGGCUCAGGGAAAAACUCACCUCGAGGUUCUGGCUGAGAGGGAGAGUAUUUAUCGUCUGCUGCCCCAGACCACGACAGAAAACAUCAGUAAGAACUUCAGUCACUACAGCGUGGAUCCCACCACACGCUACCCCAACAUUAGCCUUAACUUCCUCAAGCCCAGCCAGGUGAGGCAUCUGUGCAACACGGGAGAAACCGGGGAAAUGCGCAUCGAAAUAGAGAACGUGAUCAACUCCUCAACUCCCAAGCUGGCCAGGAAUGACAAUUUUCUGCUUGACAAGCAGCUGCAAGAAUCCAUAGCUCGAUCCAGUAAGCUGCUGAACUGGUGCCAGAGACAGACGGAGGGCUACAGGAAUGUGAAAGUAACAGACCUCACCAUGUCUUGGAAGAGCGGCCUGGCCUUGUGCGCGCUCAUACACCAAUACAGACCUGAUCUCAUUGACUUUGAUUCCCUGGACGAGCGAGACCAGGAGAAGAACAACCAGUUGGGUUUCGACGUGGCGGAGCGGGAAUUUGGCAUCUCGCCCUGCAUGACUGGCAAAGAGAUGUCCUCUGUGGUGGAGCCCGACAAGCUCUCUAUGGUCAUGUACCUCAGCCAGUUCUACGAGAUGUUUAAGGACACAGUGCCACCCGGAGAUAACCAGAACUUGAGUCCAGAGGAGAAGGCAGCACUGAUAUCCAGCACCAAGUCUCCCAUCUCCUUCUUCAGCAAACUCGGUCAGAGCAUAGCAAUUUCCAGGAAACGAAAUCCCAAGGAUAAAAAGGAGAAGGAUGUUGACGGUUUGGGGAAGAGAAGAAAAACGAGCCAGACUGAAGAGGAGGAGGUAUCCAGGAGCGGCCGUGAAGACAGGUCCGCCGUCCUGUCGGAGAGAAAGAUUGACUCCUGCGCCGGGGGGAACCACAACAAAGUCAAGGUCAUGGCCACCCAGCUGCUCGCCAAGUUUGAGGAGAACGCCCCGCAGCCUUCAGGACUAAAGAGACAGGGGGACUCUCUGCCUAAUCUGGACCGCCUUUUGCCCCCGUCCCCGCCCCAAAUCCCCAUGAGAGAGCCAGUGCGCCUGGCACCUGUCCCCGCCUGGAGAAAGGCCAGAAGCUGUGCGGACCAACUGUCCAGCUCGGGCUCUCGGAGCUGCCCAAAGAAAACCAUUCUGCUCCCUUCCUCCUCCUCCACCUCCUCGCUCUGUCUCCACUCAGAGCAUUUGUGUAGAAGUCCAGAGGAAGAGGAACUUGAAUACUACGAGAUGCCUGUGAAACACGGGGAGUGGACUCCGCUUCACCUGACAGACCCGGGACCCGUUCACAUACCGGGCAUACAGGAGAGGGCUGACCGCCUAAUCUCUAAAUUUAAGGGCAAACCUGACAGGCUGCCAAAGCCUAAGAAAAAGCCGACUCGUUUCUUUUUAGAGCAGUGGAAGUUAUCCCGUGGCCUGAGUGAGAGUCCAGCCUCACCACUUUCCUCUCCUGACUCCUCCAGAAAGGAGCCGGCAGGGCCUCUGCACUCUGACGAUCAAAUGCCCUUAUAUGUGCUUAGUAUUCAGGAGAGGGCUGAGCAGCUCGCCUCUCAGCUGGAGGGCAAGAAAGCCGGACCACAGCCUAAGAAAAAACCCUCACGUUUUUUUAUGGAACAAUGGCACCUGUCCCGAGCUCAGUCUCCCCCUGACUCUCCCUGCUCCACCUCCUCCUCCUCCUCUGACACCUUCAGACAGCGCUAUGUGAGGAUGUACACAGGUGGAGUUAGCUCAUUGGCUGAGCAGUUAGCCAAUCAGCUUCAGUCUCAGGAAGACCCUAAACCCCUACCUGAAAAGAGGGAUUCGGGCUCCCUCAGAAAAGAGUUUCCAGUCAACCUCGGUGGCAGCGACGUUUGCUUCUUCUGUCGUAAGCGUGUGUACGUGAUGGAGCGGCUGAGUGCGGAGGGGAAGUUCUUCCAUCGCAGCUGCUUCAAAUGCGACUACUGUGGCACCACGCUACGACUGUCCUCCUAUGCCUUCGAUGUGGAGGACGGGAAAUUCUACUGCAAACCUCACUACUGUUACCGUCUGUCUGGUUAUGCUCAGAGGAAGAGGCCUGCUCCCUCGCCGGCUCCCAUCACUGCUAAGGACCACCAGGAACCCAGAUCUCCCACAGCGACCGUAGAUGCCCCCGGCAGGGCGAUGGCAGCAGCAGCCCCCUCGGCCGACCUCCAGCCUUCAGUACCGGAGGUCAACGGCCUGCAGGAGCCCAGCCUGGCUAAACGUCUGCGGGGAACUCCGGAGCGCAUCGAGCUGGAGAACUACCGUCUGUCCCUGCAGAGGGAGGAGGAGCUGGAGGAGGUGCCCGAGGAGACGCUGGCAGAACACAACCUCAGCAGCGUGCUGGACAAGGGCACAGACGCUGACGACCUGGGCUCCAGCAGCUCCGAGUCAGACAUGGAGGAGGAGGACGAGCAGGAGGAUCAGGAUCAAGACCAUUACCAUGAUCAGGAUCACUAUCACUAUCAGGAGCAGGGGGAGGUGGAGGUGGAGUUGGAGCACCAUCCCGGCAGCCCCUCGGACCUCGGCGGUGUUCCCUGGAAGGAGGCAGUGGAGCUCCACGCCAAACUGCGGGGCGAGGAGGGGGAGGGCGAUGCUCUCGGUGACGCUGUCAGCCGAGACGGGGAGGUAGAUGAAGAAGAGGAAGAAGAAGAUGAAGAAGAGGAGGAGGAGGAGGAAGAAUCAAGUGAUGAGGGGGAUUACUGCCCCUGGGAUAAAGAGCUCCAGUCAGGCCUUUGGCUGGAGAAGUACCUCACAGAUGAAGAGGAUGUUGGUACAUUCAAAGCCAGGAACCUUCAGAUCCAACAAGUCCUGCAGCCUGUGGAUCCCCAGAACAUCCCAGGUUUGGUGAGAACACACCGGGACUCUGAGGGAGAAAAGGACGGCCAGCCGGCCUCGGCCUCCCAACUCUCCCAACCCUCCCACCCCUCUGAGCUCACGCAGCCCUCCUCCACAGCCCCCGCCCACACAUCCGCCCGACACGAGGCAGUGAGAGUCUGGUUGGAGUCCUUGUCUGGAGACCCCGGUGAGGAUGAAGAUCUGGAAGAUUUGGAGGCAGAAGCAGACAGUCCGGAUUUGGAGCCCGGCACGGAGAUGGAUCAGGAUGACAUCCCUUCAGAUGCAGAAGCUGAGGCUCGUUUGCAUCAGUCAGAGUGUGCUGAAGUCCUACCUGAGGAAGAUAAGAAAUCUGACAGUCUGAGAAUGACCUCCAGUAUCGAGCCGUCCAGCGUCAGCCCCACGCAGAACGAGGAUGUUGUUCUGUCUCCACUCAAACCAUCUCCAGAGCCAGAAGCACCGACAACACCGGUGAAGUCUCCUGGCGCACGCUUCUUCCCAGAACCAUUCAUGCCCGAGGAACCGAAGCCUGAGAGGACGACUCCAGCUCAUUCUCCUGCUGCCAGCAGCCCGCUGUGCCCCUCACCUCUCCCAGUCCAGGAUCCUUCCUCUCCAUCUUCACCUGUCCCACUUCAGGUUCUUUCCCCCGUCCCGUCUUCUCCUGCUGCUCCUGCUGCCUCGCCUCCACCCAGUUCUGUCGCCAAAUCACCCGUCGGCUCUCCAGUCCAGCCGGCGGUCGAAUCCCCUUUAAGAUCUCCUGUGAAGUCACCCGUUUGCUCCCCAAUUCGCUCUCAGCCCACCCCCUUACCAGAGACUCGCACACCUAAAUCUCCUGUCUACCCUCACCGCUCUAUUUGUCCUCUCACAGGAAACCCCCUCUCCCCCAUCUGUUCUCAGCCUCUGCCCUGUCAGGAGCCAGCUUCCCCCCUCGCCUCGGACUCCCCCGUCAGAACCCAACCCGUCCCCGCUGUCACUUCGACGCCCAUGAACAAAACGGAAAGGGGCACAUCCGAGUCCUCCACGUCCACAGAUACCUCCACAGAGGACACUCCCUCUAAAAAGACAGAUAUCAUCGAGGAGUUUUGGUUGAAGAGCGCUGAGAUUAGGAAGAGCCUGGGUCUGUCUCCUCUGGACCGCAGCAGUAAAAUCCUGGAGAGGAGUGUUGAGGACAUCCCCCUGCAGGACGUCCCCCCUGCAAAGACGCAGCCUGCUGAGGUGCCUGAGGAGCAGAAACCUCCCUCCAGCGGCCGCGCUGUCAUUCGCCGACUCAACAUCACUCUGGAGGGUCAGGUUAUCACCACCAUUGCCUCCGUCGAGCCCAAGAGUAACGGCUCCGAUAAGAGGGACCUCAGCAGCAGCUCUGGCCUGGGGUUAAACGGGAGCAUGGUCACGAGUCAAACAGCAAACAGUGACAGCUACAUCACGUCCGACUCGGCCAUGCUCACCCCGCCCUCCAGCCCACCGCCUCCUGUGCCUGCUAAUCAGUCUCCAGCUGUGUUCAGGCAGCAGAGGCACCAGGCGUCGUGGAGGAACGGAACAGAAAAACCUCCGCCUGAGCCCGCCAAAGAGCCGGCAAAAACCAAGAGUCCCGUCCCUGCGCCGAGGACGCAGCCGAGCCCCGUGUCGGCACCCAAACCUGCGCCCAGGAAAGUCCCGUCGCCUCAGGCCGAACCCGAACCAGCUCCGGUGGUCGUCAUGAGGGAGAAGAAGAAGCCUCGGCCGCAGGAGUCGAGGAAGUCGUUUGUGGAGACGGUGGAGGAGAUUCCGUUCGCUGACGACGUGGAGGAGACGUACGACGAGCGGACGCCAGACACAAGCAUGAACAAGUAUUACACUCCACCCACCAGCAAGCUGAGCAAAGCGAGACCUCCCCUGCAUUUGGCUCUAGCGAUGGAAAAUGGUAAACCCAACAUCCCCGCCAACAUGGCCUCCAAAAACCAGAGGGCGACUCAGUUCUCCCCAGAGGCCAAAGAGAUCGCCGAGGAGAGAAUGAGGGCCAGAGAGAAGUCCAUCAAGAGCCAGGCUCUGAAGGACGCCAUGGCCAAGCAGCUAAACAAAAUGAAAGAAUCCGACACAGACAAGGGGGCGUCUCCGAAGGUGGCCUGGUCAGUCACACCGGACGCCUCUAAAAAAAGUAAAAAGGCGUCCGUGUCUCCAAAGACGUCGGCGGUGAAAGCUCUGGAGUCGAAGAAGGCGGAGACUCUACCGGAGCGCUUCUUCAGCAGCAACAAGAGUCUGGACAGCUCGGUGGCUUCUUCGGACGGCGGCUCGUCUUCCAGCAAGAGCAAGAAACGGAGUUCGCUGUUCUCGCCUCGCAAAAACAAGAAGGAGAAGAAGGCCAAGAACGACAGCGGCAGGGUCUCCGGCGCAGGCGAGACACCGCCGAAACACAAGUCGCUGUGGAAGGCCGUCUUCUCGGGGUACAAGAAGGACAAAAAGAAGAAGGACGAUAAGUCAUGUCCGAGCACGCCCUCGUCCACCUCCACCACUCAGGACUCUGGGAAGAAGAGAGCGUCACCUCUUGGGAAAUCAUCAGACUUGAAAACGCGCAGAAACUUGAGUUUCUCUGAGGACUCGGACCUGUCAUGUGACGAUGUUCUGGAGCGAUCCUCCCAGAAGUCAAAGGCAGAUCGGCAUACGGACAUCUUUGACCUAGUGUCAGGGAUUCAGAAGGAGGCGAUAAAGGAGGAGAAACUGGAUAAGGAGAAAAGGAGGGAGUUAAAGGAAAGAAAGAGGUUGAAAGAGAGGCAGAAAGAGAAAGUGCGGGAAAAGGAGGUGGUCCGAGAAAAGGAGAAGGAGGAUGAGGAGUCUGUUUAUGUCCCUCACGCACUGGCGUUCAAGAGAUCGUACGCCGCAAAGAAAACCUACACGGAAGAGGAGCUGAAUGCCAAGCUGACCCGACGGGUCCAGAAAGCUGCAAGACGACAAGCGAAGCAGGAGGAACUGAAGAGACUGCACAGAGCUCAGAUCAUCCAGAGACAGUUGGAGCAGGUGGAGGAGAAGCAGCGGCAGCUUGAAGAGCGUGGCGUAGCCGUGGAGAAAGCUCUGAGAGGGGAAGCAGGAUUGUAUAAAGGUACUUAUACGUUACCCAAACAGCACAAAAGAAGAUCAGACUAUUGGGGAGAUUCUAAUUACAGUGAAAUCCUGGACUUGCAUCUGGGCGUUGAGCCCUAUGUGGGGAUGCCUCGACGAAGACCCCUGUCCUUCUGCCCCUGCUGUUCCCCUGAAGGCAUGGGCAAGAAGGAUGAUCCCAAGCUAAUGCAAGAGUGGUUCAAGCUGGUGCAGGAGAAAAACGCCCUGGUCCGCUAUGAGUCAGAACUCAUGAUAUUUGCCAGAGAGCUGGAGCUGGAGGACCGACAGAGCCGCCUGCAGCAGGAACUCAGGGAGCGGAUGGCAGUGGAAGACCAGCUAAAGACGGAGAAGGAGCUCGCUCAGGAGAAGCAGAUCCUGAAUGAGAUGUUGGAGGUGGUGGAGCAGCGGGACUCCCUGGUGGCUCUCCUCGAGGAGCAGAGGCUCCGGGAGAAGGAGGAGGACAAGGACCUGGAGGGUGUGAUGCUCUCUAAAGGCUUCAACCUCAACUGGGCCUAAGAGGGAGUGACACACGUGUUUAUCAAGUCCUGGGGGAAAAGAACUGACUGAGUGGUCGUCUUUGAUCAGAAGACUCUGCCGAACACCUGCAGCAGUGAAUGUGUGAAAAUGCCCCCAAACACACAAACACUACGACUGUAUCUGACCUUAAAGCAGUCUGUUUACAUAUCCUCUGCCCACAGGCAGUCCUAGUUAAUCACUUUGCAGUUUUCGUUCUCUCUCUCUCGCUCUCUGUGGGUGGAGAGGCGAGUGCAUUCACAGCUUUAUCGUCCCAGCCUUGAUGUGGAACCUCUCAAACGAGGAGGGGGCUUUGGGAGAAUGUUUAAAGACUUUGUUUCAUUCUCGAUUGUCUAAAGGGAAGAAUGCAGUUCAGUCCUGCUGAUGUAAAGGAAUUGUAAAGAAAUUGUGUUUUUGUGUAUAGUUGUGUAGAACAAGUCACAUAUUCAGCAGACGGGGGUCCUCUUCUCUCCCCCCCCCCCCCCCCUUGCCGUGCAGAGGUGCGUUUAAACACUGGAGUGAUGUCUCCAGUCUCAAUCUCUAGUUUUGUCUCGUUCAGUCAGACUGCAGGAAGGACAUCCUCUGCUGGAGCUGCCUUUCUCUCAGUUACACACGAACCACAAAGACAAGGCUCCUUACCCCCCCCCCCCGCACAUUGUUUAGAGAGUCAACACUAAGAAUACAUAAAGCAUGGCCAUGUUUUUUUAAUGUAUUUAUUAUCUUUGUUUGCUUUUAACAGAUUUUUUUCUUUUCUUUUCUUUUGCAUUCACAGGAGAGUGCCCACAAUCUCAUUAUCUUGCACUUGUGCACAUCUCCCGUGCACCCACAAGCCAUUGCAUGUCAGGAAUGAAGGCUGCAAGGCUGGGAAUAGAAAAGCGUAACCUUGUCUUUGGUUACUAGGACGUAGAAUACAAACUAUAGUGCAUAUGAUCACUUACGCAUUUCACAUGCCUGGAUAAUGAGGGGACUCUCCUUGACAUGCCGUUCACUGUAUAUCACACUGACAGUUUACGUUUACAGAGAGUUGUCCAUAUCCAAUAUGGGAUGUUAACUCUUCAUAUCAGAUCCGUUUGCUUCCACAUGUGUUCACAUUGGGAUGUAAUCAUACUCGAAGCUGACCUCAUGGUUGUUAAAGGGAGAUCAGCGUAGCUCAUAUGACUUACUGGUGCCACAGGAAUGUUUCUGUUGGUAGAUAUGUUGCAAUAUCAGAGGAGAAAACCACAAAUAAACACACUACACAACAUGUUCAUCAUUUAAUGGCAGUGUUAAUACAUCACCCUCCAACAAGAUGCCUUUUUUCAUUUUCAUUCUCUGUACUUACAUGAUAUUUGAUUUCUGUGCGCUGAUUGUUUUUUGAGGAUGUCACAUCCGUCUAUCCAACUGAAACCUGAGAUUUUUACUUUUCUUUUAAAACACUUUUAUACAACAGCUCCACAAACAAACAGAAGGUGAUUUGAAUAGGGGGGGCGCUGAAGUGAAUACUUCAUGAGUACCAUGCAUCAAACAGGAUCAGUCCAAACAAACUGUAAGAAGCGGUCAUAGUGUUGCAGCAGCACAGGGACACUAGAGGAUAUAUAUCUAUGACUUGGUAUGAGCUGUGAAUUCAAAACACAAAGUUACAUCAUUUUAAAGGGUUGUUGUUUUAGUUGGUGUGAGAUAAGUUUGAAAAUGAUUGUAUUGAUAUUUAUUAACAUGUGUGCAAACUGUAUUAUAUGUAAAGAAAAAAUGAAUCCUAAUUUUUAAAGCGUUCCGUUGACACAUGACGUGUAAUGUAAAUGCUUCAUGUAGCUGAAAUGCAUAGGGGUGUUGGAUGUAUGCUGAAAAAAAAAACGGCAAUAAAACAAUGCAGUUGUUCUUUUA